AUGGUAUUCACUGUGAUCGUUAUGAGUACCACGGAGCCGGAGGAAGCAUCGGGGAAGGAGCUCGGGAAGUCCUCCUCCCGUGCAAUUUUCAUGGCCGCAGCCGUAUUGGUAGGCCUCUAUGCCUUGAUCAUCUUCGAGCUGUGUCAUCGAACUAUAGCGGCAAUGCUCGGAGCGGCGGCGGCUAUCUCCUGCUUAGCCCUGGUCGGGAAAUGCCCCGACCUCAAUGAGGGUCUGUCACGGCUCGAUAUUGAAACCUUGAGUCUCCUAUUCGGCAUGAUGAUCAUCGUCGGGAUUUUCGGGGAGACCGGCUUCUUCGACUAUGUGGCCGUUCUCGCAUUCCGGUUGUCCAAGGGCAAGGUAUGGCCGAUGAUAACGGUUUUGUGCAUCUUCACCGCUGUCAUUUCUGCUUUCUUGGACAACGUGGCGACCAUGCUUCUGCUGACAGCCGUGACCAUCAGGCUGUGUGAGGUCAUGGACCUGGACCCGAAGAAAGUGCUCAUGAUGUUGGUCAUGUUCUCGAAUGUCGGGGGGUCAGCUACACCCAUCGGAGACCCGCCAAAUGUCAUCAUCAUUUCAAACUUGAAAGUGUUGGCCAGCGGAAUAAAUUUCACCACUUCCACUUUACACUUACUGCCUGGUGUAAUCCUCAGUGCUUUCGGUGUAUACUUAUUCCUGAGAGUGACGUACAGAGAUCCCCGCAGUCUGCGCAAACAAUCUCGACAGGUCGUCGACGGACAGCGCGGAACGGACUCAUGGCAUCAAGCGAGACAUUCAUCGCUUGGCAAGUCCCGAGGCGAAUCCUUCGAGCUCUCAAAUGUCGGGAGCAAGCUCUCGCAAUCAGAGUCGAACGAUGCAUCGGACCUUGAUUUCGAGCGAGUACUUGAGGAUCUUUCGUCCAAGUACAAGAUACGGAACCGACCGUUGCUUAUCAAGAGCGUGAUCGACGGUGAUGUUGAAGAUCGUGGCGAAUCCGAGGACCUGAAUAUCCCCAUUCAGCCUCUGAUAUAUGCUCUCGCUUUCGGGGCUUGUUUCGGCGGCAAUGGAACCCUUAUCGGCGCAUCGGCCAACGUCGUCUGCGCCGGAGUAGCCGAACACCAUGGUUACCGGAUAUUGUUCAUGGAUUUCUUCAGGGUCGGGUUCCCGGUGAUGGUGGUAUCGACAACUCUUGCGUCGGCUUGGUUGCUUCUAACUCACAUCGGUAUGGGAUGGCACUGA